AUAGUUCUGAAACAUGGAGGAGAGACUCGAAUUUGCUCGAAAUAAACUUGGAAUUGAAUUUUCACUAAAGGAAAAACAAUUGGAAACUCUAAGAAAUUUAUGGGAGAGACGGGAUGUUAUAAGUGUGUUACCAACUGGUUACGGUAAAAGUGUCCUGUAUCAAUUACUUCCGUGGUUUUUACAAGGCGAUAGAGAAAAAACUGGAAUCGUGAUUGUCAUUGCCCCCUUGACCUCGAUUAUUGUUGACCAGGUGUCAUUUUUAUCUUCUAAGGGAAUAAAGGCCCUAUGCUUGAACUUUGAAGGAACUGGGUGUCGUUCCGCGGAUGAGGAAGAAACUGUCUCGAAGCUGGUCACAAAAGAUAUGCAGCGUAUCAUAGAUGGUGAUGUUGAGAUCCUUUACAGUCAUCCAGAAGCAAUUUUUUCUAAAAAGAUUGGUAGGAUUCUGAGGUCAAAAGUCUUUCAGGAGCAUGUUUGUUGUGUAACCAUUGAUGAGGUUCACAUGAUAGAGGAAUGGGGUGAAGAAUUCAGACCAAAGUUUAAAAAACUUGGAGACUUAACCUGUUUGUUUCCAUCUGCGGCACAUUUAUCACUAACAGCAACAGCGACUGAAACCUCAAUAGAAAGUCUUGGAAAAGUGCUGCAGUAUAUAAAUCCAGUUAUUAUCAAAGCCAAUCCUGACAGGCCAAAUAUUUUCCUAGAAAAGAUUGUGCGCCCUCCUAAUAUUAACAAAGUUAAAAAGUUAGACACAAUUAUUGAACCUCUGUGUGAGGAGCUGAAAGAGAAGAGGGAAAAUUUCCCUGUGACUAUUGUUUAUGUCGAAAAUUUAGAGUUGGGUUACUUUUAUCAGUAUGUGAACUCAGAAUUAAGGGAGCAUGAGUAUGUAGGUGAACCGAAUCCAGAAAACCGAAUCUUUGCACAAUUCCACAAAGAUUACACAGAGGCAAUGAAAAGCCAUGUGAUAACAGAGUUAAAAAAAGAAAACCCUACUCUUCGUUUAGUAUUUGCAACAGUUGCACUUGGUAUGGGUUUGGAUGCCAGGUGCAUUACCAGGAUCAUCCACUGCAGGCCUCCUACGACACUUGAAAAAUAUCUUCAAGAAAUCGGUAGAGCCGGUAGAAAUGGAGCCCAGUGCACAGCAAUACUGUAUUUCAAUAAUAAUGACAUUGCCAAAAACAGAAAGGGACUAAGUGAAGAAGUCAUCCAGUAUUGCAAAAAUUCUGAAACUUGCCUCAGACUUUUUAUAUUAAAGUACUUUGGAUUUAACCAGUCAUUAUACUGCGGACCACCAAAAGAUUGUGGCAGCAAUUGCAGGAGUAAAAGUUUGAAUAGGAUCCUUUGGAAAAGAAAAUAA